CCUAUAAUACAGUGGAAAGUUAAUUUUCGGUUGAUUCUGCAAAUCUUUGCUACAAUGCUGUUGUUGAGAAUUCAAGUCUUUGAAUUCGAGAAUUCGAAAUCAAUGAUGUAACGCGUGUUUUAGUAAUUAUUAAAUAAAUUAAUGCAGUAAAUGCGGAUAUUGAUGAACGCAGAUACUCAGACGAACUAGGUCAGUGAAUCGUGUUGUAAAGGAACGAACGUGCAAGCAAAUUAAUCGUAACAGGAUAAAACGAAGCAAGAGUUUACACAGCUGUUACCAAACUGAAAUGCAAAUGCGCGUCUCUGCCAUAUUUUGGCAGGAUAACGAAUAAAACGUGCAAUAGUUAAUCUCAGUCGGCCGUAAAUUCCGUGUGCCUUCAGCACUUGUUUUAUUCAUAUUAUCGAAAGGGAGAUUAAUAAAAUCGUACCCAAUGAAAUCAGUCACAUCUGUUCCGGAAACAAACUUCCAAGGUAUCGGGCGUGACAUGGCAGAGCGGCUUGGUCUGGGUCCUGAGAUUCGAGAACUCAAACUGGGAUCAACUUUUACCAGUAACAGAUCAACGGCCUUUCACACUUUGAAAUAUGAUUUUAAACCAGCAAGUGUUGAUGUUUCCAAGGUGGCAAGAGUCGAUGUUGGAACAAACAACAUGAUGACAGUUACUGUUCCACAUUUAGAUGGUGCUGGAAUUCCACACACCGUUUUCAAGGGUUCUCAGAAACCUUAUCACAAAGAAUGUGUUUUGAUAAUAGAUAAUGUCACAGGUGAAAUUACACUAGAAAAAUUAACAGCAAAUAUUCAAGUGAAGAAAACUCGAACAGAACCAAAGUCUCAGAUACAUUUAGGAGUUUCUGGGGGAAAUAGUAGUAAUAGACCUAUAACUCCAGUAGAAAACAAAAAGAGCCCUACUCAUGGUAGGGCAACUGGAAGAACAAAGGUUAUAAGUGGGAAAAAAAGGGAACCUAGCGUUCAGUUACAUCCAAAACAAUAUAGUCCUCUUAGAGUAUCACCAUAUCACAGCAAAAGUCCACCUUCUACCUCAAUUAAUAGUUCGCCAAUGCAAUCUUCAGUGGCACCGUCUACUUUAGCCAGCUUACCAAUGAUUGGUUCUGAUAAUGAUGACUGCCCUUUAACAUCAUCUGGAACAUUCCCGACUAUCAAUUCUACUGCACCUUUAAGAUCAUCAUCCAUAACUAAUACUCAACCCAAUAUGAAAGCUUCUGUCAUUAUAGAUAAUGAUAUAGGUGCUCUGAGUGAUAGUACUUCGAGUAGUUCAAGUUCAGAUAGUUCAGAAGAUAGUGAUUCAGACACUGAAGAUGUUCCAGCUUCGACAGAACUUAAUGGAGAUUUAAAUAGUACAACUCCAUCUCCUCCACUUCUUAUGCCAAAUAAUCUCCUAAAUGAUGAUUUACAAUUAUCAGAAUCAGAAUCUGAGUGAUUAAGGGUAAUAUAUGUUCAAAUUAUAAUAUAUUUAUAUCGAUAAACGCGUUUCUACCGGAAUAUUUUCCAAGGGCAAUAGAAGAUUUCCUAAAGGUCUCUCCGCCAAAAAAUUCUCUAUUUUUACAACGCUUUAUUUGCUGUUAUAUAUUGAAGGAUUAAAAAAAAAUAGAAAAAUUCAAUUGUAUUCCAUAUCACACACAGGAUAUGUGUCUAGUGAAUCUGACAGCAUACUCCACAUAUUCUGUAUGUAUUACAAUAAGUUAUGGUAUAUAUGAAACAAAAACCUUUUGCUUCUUGUGCAGUAAAUAUAUGAAAAAAAUGUAAUGAAUACAAAUGGUAA